GCCAACAGGCAAUACCCAAUUUCAAGUACUGUAGCGGAAGCCGAAAUGUUCCGCACGCGGCCGGCGGCGCGGUGGCCACCGUCCAGUCCCAUGCCGGCCACCGCGCUCUUCCUCCCCGCAAACCCAAACCCGACGCCUAGUCCCGCCUACUCCCUCACCCCGCCGGCCUCCACCUCCGGCGAGCUCCACUUCCGGCUCCGCCUCCCCCGCCAUGCCCGCUCUCGAACCUAUCUCCCCGCCGCGUUCGGAAGAGGGUCGCCUGCGGCCGGGCGCAGAGAGAAGGACUACUACGCCACGCUGAAUAUCCGCCGCGAUGCUACGCUGCAGGAGGUCAAGGCCGCCUACCGGACCCUCGCCCGCAAGUAUCAUCCUGAUAUGAACAAGAGCCCUGGGGCAGAAGAAAAGUUCAAGGAGAUCAGUGCUGCAUAUGAGAUUUUAUCAGAUGAAGAUAAAAGAUCGUUCUAUGAUCGUUUUGGAGAAGAAGGGCUCAGUGGUGAUUAUGUUCAUGGAGAUACCGGCAUGCAUGGGAUUGAUCCUUAUGAACUCUUUAAUGCAUUCUUUGGUGGUUCUGAUAAACUUUUUGGAGAUAGCAUGGGUCCUGGGGGAUUCCAUUACAGUGCGAAAGUAAACGACAACAGGGGACUUGAUAUUAGCUAUGAUCUCCCCAUUUCUUUUGAAGAAUCAAUGCUUGGAGGCAAGCGUGAAAUCAAUAUUUUCUGCCAUGAAACGUGUGGCACUUGUCAUGGGACUGGAGCUAAAUCUAGCAAUGGCAUCAUAGAAUGCACUCGAUGCAGAGGUCAAGGCAGGUUGAUGAAAACUCAAAGGACACAUUUUGGUAUUGUUUCUCAGAUAUCUUCAUGCUUAAACUGUGGUGGCAGUGGGAAGGUAAUUUCUGAACAUUGCACAGAAUGUCACGGUUCACGCAAAGUCCAAGUUGAACGCAAUAUCAAAGUAGACAUACCUGGAGGUAUUGAUGAUGGCUCCACCAUUCAAGUUAGAGGAGGAGGUAGUGUUGAUAAGCAAAGGGGUGCAAGUGGUGACCUGUAUGUUUUCAUUCGCGUUCAUGAAAAACAAGGCAUCCACAGAGAUGGUCUUAAUUUGUACUCGGACGUCUCAGUUGAUUAUACUGAUGCAAUUUUAGGAACUACAGUGAAGGUUGAGACAAUAGAAGGAUUGAAGGAUCUUCAUAUUCCUUCUGGCACUCAGCCAGGAGAUAACUUAAAAUUUUCUCAACUGGGAGUUCCGGACAUUAAAAGACCUAAUGUCAGAGGAGAUCACUACUUCGUGAUAAAGGUGAAGAUUCCGAAGAAUAUCAGUGACCAGGAGCGUUUGCUCGUUGAAGAGCUUGCUGCACUAAAUAAAGCUCAGAAUAAACCCAUUUCAGGAACUACAAACAUAGGAAAUUUUCAAGACAGAAACCAUCAUCCAUCUGCAAGGAGGAAAAGAUCAUUCUGGGUGGGCAUCUGGAAUCUGUUCAGGGAAGAUAAAGGGGAUCAGAGAUUCGCUUCCAUCAGUGCACAACCUAUUAUUCCAGGAUGGACUUCUUGCCGAGGGGCUGAUCCUGCUGUUCCGUUGCUGUUAAAAGGAUUCCUUAUGAUAACAGCAUUCUUAAUUGUGAUCAGCAGAACCAGUAAACUCAGGUUUAUUCGAAACCGUGAUGAUUGUCUGAUUCAAGCCAAAGUAACUGCAGAGCCAGAGUGAAUUGCAGUCUGGUUAUCGUAAUUUUGUCGAGCAAAGCUGCGGGGGAAAAGAAUCCAUCCCGGCUUUGUUUCUAGUGGUUUGUGUCCCAGAGUUUACAGUAAUAGGCUAACAGGAGUGGCAUAGAAUGAUAUAAACUGCUUGUCAUUAGUCAUUUUAGUGAUUAUUAUAUUAUGCCAUAACAUGUAGAAGAAACAUGUGGCAGUUUGACGAAAGCAAAGAGGAAAGGUAUGGAGAAACAUGACUGGGCAAAAUGUACAUUGUUCCAGCUUGUCCGCACAAAUUUGUGUAAUGUUUCAGCCUGGAAUGCAGCGUGCAUUUGUGCGUUAAACAAAGUAUCCAAAUUUCUCAUGAAAA